GGCGCCUCUGCGAAUUUUUCCCCCGAGUGCUUCAAUAGGGACAGGGUUGACACAGUGUGUUAUGCGGUGGUCAUCGCGGAGGAGUACAGCUUGGUUUUAGAGUUCUUAUCAACAUGUUAAAAAGUUCCAGCAGGAAAACUGUGCUCUGUGCAGUCGGAGCAGCCGUCACCUGCGCGGCGCUGCUUGUGGUGGUCGCUCAGCAGCAGCAGCGCAGCAGCAGCAGCGCGCACGGUGACGCGCACGGUGACGCGGAGGUGGGGAUGCGCACCUUACAGAGUGUUGCCGAGUUGGAGGUGGAUGGAGGAGUGCAGAGCGACCAAGCAGCAGCAGCGCAGGACGGAGGAGGAGGAAAGAAGGGAUUUUCCGCCUAUUUUUCCAAACUGACGCGGAGCAGGAGAGAUGCGGAGAAACCCACCGCGGCGGUCGCGGGCGCUCCGUCCAGCGCGCCGGCUGAAGAGCUGCGUCCUGAGGACCUCUUCAUCGCCGUGAAGACCACCAAGAAGUUCCACCAGCCACGGCUUGAUCUGCUGCUGGAAACCUGGAUUUCAAGGAACGUGCAACAGACGUACAUCUUCACAGAUGGCGAGGAUGAGGAGCUGAAAAAGAAAAUGGGAAACCAUGUCAUCAACACCAACUGCUCUGCUGCUCACAGUCGCCAGGCUCUGUCCUGCAAGAUGGCUGUGGAGUACGACAAGUUUAUCGAAUCAGGAAAAAAAUGGUUCUGCCAUGUGGAUGAUGACAACUACAUGAACGUCAAGACACUUGUCAAGCUGCUCUCUCUAUACCCUCAUACUCAGGACUUGUACAUUGGCAAACCCAGCCUGGACAGGCCCAUUGAGGCUACAGAGAGACUCGGUGACAACAAGAUGCGACCCGUGAAUUUUUGGUUUGCCACUGGAGGAGCUGGUUUCUGCGUUAGCCGUGGUCUGGCUCUGAAAAUGAGCCCUUGGGCAAGUGGUGGUCAUUUCAUGAACACCGCAGAGAAGAUCCGUCUACCGGACGACUGCACCAUCGGCUACAUCAUCGAGUCGGUUCUGGGGGUUCCACUGACACGCAGUAACCUGUUCCACUCGCAUCUGGAGAACCUGCAACAGGUGUCCCAAUCGGAAGUACACAAACAGAUUACACUGAGUUAUGGUAUGUUUGAGAACAAGAGGAAUAUAAUCAACAUGAAAGGAGUUUUCCCGGUUCAGGAGGACCCAUCCAGGUUUAAGUCUGUGCACUGUCUGCUCUACCCGGAUACUCCGUGGUGUCCUCCUCAGGUUACCUAUUAAGGCAACCAGCUCCUCUCUUGUAUCCUCGUCCCGACUGAGCCUCAGUAUCUGAAAGGCACUAGGGACCAGCGUGGUAUUGGCCCAUGUGGCUGCUUUAUUUGACAUUGCAGUGCAACGCGGCCUCUCGUGUGUUUUUUUUUUUUGUUGUUUUUUUUUUUUUUAACUGGGCUGCUGUGCGGCCUGUCUACGGACAUUUCCUUCCUGCCUGGUGCGUGAGCUUCCUGUCUGUGUACCAAGCAGUGGGGCCCACGGUCCAUCAGGAAAACAGGCUUUCAGCACCAAGCUUCACAGGCAAUCAGCAGUGCUUGCGUCCUUCAUGUUGCUUGUAUUUAUUGCAAUUCUCAUAGAAUGUCUUUUCUAUUAUACUAUGUCCAUGCCUUUCUUUCUGCCAGCUUUACUAUGCUUAGUACAUAUAAAAUCUUCUCUUUUUUUUUAAAAUUUUUUAAAUUCGUUUUCCAAAUGCAAUUCAGGAUUUUAACUUCAGGUCUGAAGUAACAAGCCUGAAAGAGCGAUUUAUUUAAAUGCGAGUGCUUUAUUAAGUUGUAAAGGACUCCGGAUGACAUAAUUAGAUGAAGGGUAAUUCCGUUGUUAGUUUCAUUUUCAGCUUCAGCGUUUACACUAUUGCUAUUACCUUUGUAUAAGCUGAUGAGCUGAUAAUUUAUUAUAUAAUUUGUGCUGGCAAAAGGCAAUUUCCAUAUGUGCCAUCAGAUUUGUUUGCAUCUGUAGUACAUUAGGAUGAAGCACUUUUCUCCCUUACUGUUCUGAAAAUGAUUGUGAUGACGGGCCUCGAAGCUGUGUGAUGCAACUUAACGUAAUCAUUAAGAAAUGAUUUAUAUUUCCAAUGCCAUUACUUGCAUUCAAACAAUCUUGGCAAAUUUUUUUUUUUUUUUUUUUUUUUUUUUUUUUUUUAAAUGAGAAUUUCUUGAUUUGUUAGCUUUACUCUGAGAUAUGUUUCAUGGAAAGUUGCACAGCUUGGUUGAAUGAACUGCUCAUUGCUCUUGUAAAGGGUUUCUUGCUAAUGUUUCGUAAGUGGACCAGACCUGCCAGCAUGACCUCGGCCAAUUUUUUGUAUUCGAUUCCAACGAGUCAAAAACAAUCGACAAAAUCUACAACAUGUUUGAGUAUUACAGUGUACCUGGCCUGCUCCACAUUCCUGUGUCAUUUAGGGGUGUCUACUCUUGAAAUCAUAUAGCUGUCAUGAUAAAACUUUAUAUGAGCAAUGGCAGUGUGCCCUUACAGAGGCUUUCUCUGUUUAUUACUAUUAUCAUAAUUUUUUUUUUUGCAAUGACCCACAUUGGGUAGACUGUACGUUAUUUUAAAGCAGUAUCUUAUUUUACUGUGCCAUGUUAAAAAAAAAAUUGUACAUAGUCGUUUAGAUGGUAUUAUGCUUUCACCUGUGGAUCAGACAUGGUUCUGAGGUCUGCUUGUUGUUGUUUUUUUUGUAUUGCUUAGAAUUGUGCUAAUGGCUGUAAUUUAUCCUCCAGUAUCUGGAUUCUCCAAUUGUACAAAUGCUUUUCACUCAGGGAUUAACGUCCUGAUGGAGUUACUGCUGUACUCCACUGUGGUAACUGUGCAUUAGCUUUCGAAUAAAAACGGUAUACCCGCUGAGAAAACUA